UAAAUGUCUUAAAAUGCCAAUUAUCGUGCCUAUGAUCCCUGGAGAGCAUGAGCAAUGAGUGCUUAUCGGCUGCAAAGUCCGUCGGUUCCAAAAUAAAACUAUAUAUUUGGAAACUUAUGCUAUCAAGAGUCAGUCCAGUUUUGAUAACCGUAUCAAAUGGGUGCGAAAUUGUUCAGUUUAGUGCUCGUGCUACAGAUUCUGAAUAAAUCUUGCGGAAUUAUUCCAGGGUGCAAUUACGCAGAUACUGUGGACAUAUCACACGUUCCACUGACAAAUGGAUCCUAUAAUUACCAUGGCCUCCAAAUACCCGUCCACUUGACGGGAAUCUAUGACUUUGAGCAUCUGGUGGGCGGAAACGAGAGGCGUGUGAAAAGACAUCUAAGGGCCUGUGUCUGUAAACUGAGACCCUGUAUGCGAGUCUGCUGCCCACGAAAUCAGAUAUCGGAAAACGGCGAGUGCAGUGAUAAAGUGAAGAAGGAGCUAGCUGAGGUCCAACCAACGAUCGAGAAGCGAAUUUUUAUCACCAAUAUUGCCGUGCAAAGUGAUCUGUUUGGAUUUUGCGACGAGUUUUUUGACCUGUCAGAUGAUGAGCUCAUAAUGUUCGAGGUUUGCCUUUCAAUUUUCCAUUGGUUUCCUAGUCUAAUUAGAGCCCUUUAGGAUGGAAAUUUCGGUAUUCAAUCCCAAAACUUUACCAUGAACAAAGAGUCUUUCUGCCUCUAUGUCAAUCAGUAUUCAUCAGACCUUUCAAAGCGUGUGUUAGUUGUUAGACACAAGUGCCAUGAUUACGAAAAUUGGCAGGAGGCGAUUCUAGAAAUUACAAGUAGUCGUCGUGAUUUCGCUGGUAUGCAAUAUCCUUACGAUCGCUGUGUAUCUCAUAAAUAGAAACCGGAAUAUGAACUUUAUUUGCUAUGUAAUCUGCGUGACCAUGCACCACCUUAUGUGGAUUUUGACUAAAUAUGCGAAUUUAUUGAACGAGACCUGCACUAUAGCAGGUUAGUUAUUGAAAUUUAAUACGUUCCAUCAUAACAUCAAUGGUCUCUUGCAGGUUACACUAAGAUAUUUCUUUGCAGUGGGUUCAAUUCUCUGGCUUUUUGUUGUCAGUCAUCGCACGAGAAAGGGAUUGACGUCGAUGAGUCUAAAUGAUCCUCGUUAUCGGUUCCGGGCCUACUCCGUAUAUGUUUGGGGCUCAACGACUUUCCUGACCGCUGUCGUUAUUCUAACCGAUCGGAUAUGGGGCAAUGAUUUGUCUACACUUAAAUGGACCCCGUCUGUUGGUUUCGCUCAGUGCUGGCUGUAUCGUAAUAGCUCGGGUAUGUUAAUCUUUUUUAUUGGACCAAUCCUGGUCCUGUGCAACAUCAAUGGGGUUAUUCUUAUCCUCACGAUCAUUAACAUGUGGAAAACGGAAAGAAAAGUGAAAAAAUCAAUUAGGGUUAAGCUGAGCUCGGCGAGCCAGACGUACCUACAUUUUCUUCGAAUUGGUGUCAUGAUGGGCGUGACUUGGAUUUUGGAUAUAGUUCCCUAUUUUUUUCGAGGAAACGCACUUUUGCAACAGGUUCUUUGGAUCGCCUACUACUACCAUUUGUCCUUGGGUAUAGUGAUUUUUGUGCUCUUCGUCCUUAAGCGAAGAACGCUUCGAAUUCUCAUGAAAAGACUUCGAGUAACAAGGAUCAGCCCACUUAUCGAUGUUUAGAGAAAGCUGCUAACCAAAACUAACUAGCAAUUUAUUAUUAUAAAUUCUGUAAUUAAGAAACAAUACUUUUUAAGACCCAACAGUAAUGACAUUGAAAUGGCGCCAGAAAUACAAAAGCAGAAAAAGGCCAAAGAAACUGAAACAACGAAUAAUUGCAACAAACACUGCCCCAGCAAUACACAAAAAAACAACAAAUGGAACCAGCAGACUGAGAGAAACGAGGUGCAAACUGAGGCAGCACAGCAAAUGGCUGCCAAAUGAACGACACAGAAAUGUGGCUAAAAUGCUGAAAGUGCUACAAACGACGACAAAUCCAACACAAUGUCGUGCAAUUAAAGCAACAGGAACACCAGCAACAUCCACAAUGACUUCCAGCUGCAGCGACCAUUGUCAGUCGCAAUCGCAGCAGCAAUUGCAGCAACCGAAACACCAGCAACAUCAGCAGCGGCGACAUCCACUUCCGGCGACUCUGACGCUGCUCCUCUGCCUGGGCAUCAGUUUGGGCAUGGCUGCCACAGCAGCUGCUGCCGCUGGAGGAGGAGCUGCUCCCGGUUCCGCAUCCGGAACAGCUGGCUCCCCAUCCAGCUCCCCAUCCAGCUCCAUCUCCAGCUCCUUGGGGCCCGGCAAACCUGCCAAUUUGCAACUGGCAGCCGGCUCCUCCGCGGCGGGCUGCUCCCUGGCCGAGUUCAGCUGCUCCAAUGGAAGAUGCGUGCCGUUGAGCAAGUACUGCAACAAUCUGAACGAUUGCGGCGACGGCAGCGAUGAGCCGCGAUUUUGCACACGCUGUAAUCGCACCUACUACGGGGACAUCGGUCAGACGUACUCCUUGGAGUUGCACCGCCCCAAACAGGAUCGCGUGCCCUUUGUGUGUGUGCUCACCUUCACGGCGGCAGGUGGCCAACAUGGCGAUGUGGUGCAGGUCACCCUGGACAGCUUCACGAUUGGCAGGUUCACCUCGUACGUUCAUGAGGGUUGUCCGGACGGUUAUAUGCAGAUAGCGGAGUCGGCGCGGACGCCCAUUGGCGGAAUGUGGUGCGGCAGCUCCUGGGGACCAGUGCUCUUCUACAGCGAAACGCGCUCCCUGAUAUUCACCAUCCGGCUGAACAGACUGGCGAGGGAUCAGAGUGGAUACAACUUCGACUUCCGCAUCAGAUACAAGGUUCUGUCCAGGGACAGUUCGGUGACCCGCUACGGGGGCAUUAAGCUGGCAGAGUUGGCCCAGUGGCACAACCGCAGCAGCUUCCUCAAUCAGCAACAGCAACAACAACAGCAGCAGCAGCAGCAAGGUGGCGGUGUCCUGGAGGAUUUCACCAACUCCAGUGGAGCCCGCUCGGACCGUUAUGGCCAGGACUUCAGUCUGUUCAGCGCUUAUGCCAACAACAAGACCUUCAUGGCCUCACUGGAAAAGUCACUGGCCAAGGACGAGCAAAACUACACGGAGCCCAAAUACUAUCUGGGUGACCUUAUACCCGGAACGUAUUGCUCCAGGAUCUUUAGCGACUGCGACAAGAAGCCCUGCCGGCUGCAGUCGCCCAACUUUCCCGGCAUCUAUCCCCGCAACCUCACCUGCUACUACGCAGUGCGACAGCACGACGUGCCCCAUGGCAAACACGCCCUGAUUCUAGUCAAACAGCCCAAGGGCAAUCUGGUCUGGAUUUCCACCCAGGAAACGGCCACGGCGAACAAAAUGGCACCGCCACCGAGUGCCAGCGACAAGGAUAAGAAAUUCGAGCCGAGGCUGAAAACAUGGAAUGACUGCGAUUACAUUCAGGAAAAUGUAAAGCCCAAAUGGAAAUCCACGGACUACGUGACCGUGUACGAUGGAUACACCACACGUGACCCCAUCAUUUUGAAGUUCUGCGGCGGCGGUCAGGCGGUGCCGGCGGCCGUUUCCAGCGGCCCGGAGCUUUUGGUCGAGUUCAACACGUCGCCGUUUGGCACCUUCACCGGCACCUCGUCGCAGGUCCUGCCGCUCUACGGAUUCCAGCUGGAGGUUGAAGUUCAAUUCGUGGACAUCCAGAGUCCCACGUACUCGAAGAACAAGAAGCCCUGCGAGUUUUGGAUUCGCGGAGCAGGCCGUGGCAUCUUGGAGAGUCCCAAGCACUCGCUGGCCCCGAACUCCACGUGCCUGUACCAUCUGCAGGGUCUGGGCGUCUUCAAGACCUUUGACCACCUCAGUUUGUCGCGCCGAACGAGCAGUCAAUCGGGCAUGCACCAGCCACUUUCCCGGUUCAAGGUGUGGAUAUCCAUCCUGAAGUUUAACCUGGAUCCGGAAUUUGGCCAGAUAGACGAGACAUCGGUGGGGGCCAUUGGAGUGCUGCAAACGCAGGAGGAUUGCAGCGGCAUGCUGCGCAUCUGGGAUGGAACUCUUAGGGAUGCGCCCGUUUGCAAGGACUUGAACUGUGCCAGCGAGACGAGUAGCUACAAUACCCUGGGCCACUAUGCCCACAACGCCACCAAUGUGAUUGCCAGAUUCUGCCGGGGCACUAUUCCACGCACCUGCGAUCGCUCCAAUAUCAAUGAGACCUACGCCAGGCCCUGCACAAUAUCCGAGAGCUAUGUAUCCAGCAGCGAUGCCAUCACCCUGGAGCUGCGUAACACGGAAUCCACAGUGCUGAGACCGCUGGACUUUAAGCUGAAGUAUGAGUUCAUAGACCUGCAUCAGGAUGGUUUACCCUAUGGUGGCGGCGAACAUGAUUGCAACCGGAAGUUCCUCAGCAGCAUGAUGGAUCGCAAGGAUCCGGCCAUCUUUCGUAGUGUGCGCAACAUCUUUCUGUUUGGAAGAGGAGGCACUAGGAACCUGAAAUGCAUCUACAAAUUCGAGGCACAACGCGGCGAGAGGGUCCGAAUCAAGAUGAGAAAGGUGACAACCACGAAUAGAGCCUGCUAUUCCCGAGUGGAUGAGGAUAUCAAUCGUUCAUUUUGCUAUGGCGAUACGAAUGUCAGAAUCGAGAUCUUUGAACGCCCCUAUCACGAUUCAAUACUACUGCAUCGCGGCUGCAUGUGCAACUCCUCCAACCAAUCCCACCUGCCUGUGGAGUACACUUCCACAAGUCGCGAUGUGGAGGUGCACUUCAUUGCCCAAAACAUGACCACCUUGGACGAUCCGGAUACGGUUAAUUUCGAGGGCAUGUUCGAGUUUGUCAAGGCGCCGACAAGUUGCAAGGAUGGUCGCCGAAAGUUCGGACCCAGUGGCACCAUAGACAUGACCUUUGGAGAUGUGGAGUGCCGCUCAAGACCAUGGUUGAUUGAGCCAUCAAAUGGCAAUAAGUUCUUAUAUGUGAGACUGAAGGCCAUAUUCUUGAGCAAACACAAUCCCAUGAAGACACUGAACACCACCUAUGUUCAAACAGACACUUGGCGAUGUGAGACCAAGUCAAGGGCUGUGCUGACCACUUCGGAGGGUCUAACCAUUGUGGCCUGCCCACUGAGUCCCGACUCGAGUGCCUAUGAGUUUGUGGAGAUUUUCAGCUCCGGUUGGAAUGAGAGACCCAACUUUGCGCUCAUCAAUCGAUCCAGAGCCAUUAGCGUGGAGUUUCUGCGUCCUGGCAAUGGCGAGUACUUCUUUAAUUGGAUGGAAUUGAUUCCCAGGCCCACGCUUAGUAUUGCAGAGGACUGCCAAUUUAAGUGCGCAGAACUGUCUGCCUGUGUGAAUGCAAGUGUUUGGUGCGAUGGCGUUGUCCACUGUCCUUCCGGAGAUGAUGAGACCUUCCUCCAGUGCUCGGCCUUGAUGAAACUGCCCGCCGAGAUCCUGGCCACCCUCUGCCUGAUCUUUGUGCUCUCGUGUUGUGCUUUCGCUGCCUUUGCCUACAAGAAAAUCAAACGCAAGCUGCGCGGCUCCUCGGUGCUGCAGACGCGCCUUAAAUCGCUCAGCUCGAUGGACACGGCCGUUUUGGAUGAAAAGGAGAAAAAAGCCGUCGUUGAGACCAAGAUCUAAGGCUCGGGGAUCAAAGCAGAGCAAAGCAAAGCAAAGCCAAGUACCCGGGCUGGCCAAAAAGGAGGGAGCAGGGAUCAGGGACUCCGAAAAGACAGCUCAGCAGAGUGUGAAUCAGUCGAAAUGCUAUUUUUGUUGAUACUCUUCUUCAUUUUAAGAACUGUAAAUAAAACAAAUAGAAGCUGUAUGAUAUUAACAAUUUUACAUUGAGCGUUUUAUUUGUCAUUAAACUGUACUCCUCAUUUGCACUCUCAAAUAGUGAACAUGUUUUGAUAUCGAAUCAAACUCAGACAAUAAACGUUAAAAUCUAUUCUUUUGUAACUUGGUGGUAACUUAUUUCAAUUACUAAUAGCGAACAAAAGGACAGGAGGUGCAUAAUUUUAGAACCUGCAGCCUGCAGCUGAUUACAUUCAAGCGUAAAUAAUUAUAUUAAACCAAACGUAAAGCUCAACUACUAAACUAAUUGAAAUCAAAUUAAAUAUUAAAAGCAUAACAAGUUAUUAGCGAAACUGCCCAAAUAAAAAACAA